ACAAUAAGUGAAUGUUCAGUGUAUCUGCCAUUCCUUUUUUAUAAUUUAGUUUCGUUGAUUGUUCUAAUAUUUAAGACUUGCACUUAUUUCUGAUGACAAAUAACACGGAACUGUAACAUAGAAAAAAAUAUGAGUUUACAUAAAGCAAGAAUCAAAGCAUUUGAAGAAAUACUUGAUCAAGAAGUAAUAGACAUUGUUCAACUAAGAAAACUUGCAUUUAAUGGCAUCCCGGAUGAUAAAGGGCUACGUUCUCUUGUGUGGAAAAUUUUACUACACUAUUUACCACAUGAGAAAAGUGCACGAGAUGCAACACUUGUCAAGAAGAGGCAACUUUACAAACAAUUUAUUGAUGAAAUUAUAGUAUCGCCAGGUGGUCCAAGUGACCACCCGCUGAACAUCAGUCCCGAUAGUUCAUGGAGUACUUACUUCAAAGAUAAUGAGGUGUUGCUGCAAAUCGAUAAAGAUGUCCGGAGAUUGUGCCCUGAUAUAUCAUUCUUUCAAUCUGCUACAGAAUUCCCUUGUCCAGAGAUCGUUAAUAGUAAUGGCGUUAAACGAUUACAUAAGCGGGUUGAACAAUCCGUAUUGAAAUACUCAACUUUGGAGCGAAGGGGACUUGGUGUUGCUAAGUUGAGCAACGAAAUCAAACGUUCAGACAGCAUGUCUAGCGGGGACUACGCGCCGUUGAACGAAGGCUGCGAAGCGCACUGGGAGGUCGUCGAGCGAAUGCUGUUCCUGUAUGCAAAACUAAACCCCGGCCAGGGUUAUGUACAGGGCAUGAAUGAAAUCAUCGGGCCGAUAUAUCACACAUUCGCCAUAGACUCUGAUAAAGAAUUCCGAAAGCAUGCAGAGGCAGACUGUUUCUUCUGCUUCACAAAUUUGAUGUCAGAGAUUCGUGAUUUCUUCAUACGCACUUUAGACGAAACUGAAAGCGGUAUCAAUUAUAUGAUGGGCAAACUGUGUGAAUGUGUCAAAAAAAACGAUACGGCCGUAUGGAAUCAGCUGGAAACUCAAGAGUUACGACCCCAAUAUUAUAGUUUCAGGUGGCUAACACUGCUGCUCUCUCAAGAAUUUUCACUGCCUGAUGUCGAGAGAAUUUGGGAUUCUUUGUUUGCUGAUAAUCAGCGUUUUAAUUUUCUCAUAUAUAUAUGCUGUGCCAUGAUUCUAUUAGUAAGGGAUAACUUGCUGAAUGGUGACUUUGCAUCAAAUGUCAAGUUACUCCAAAAUUUUCCACCGAUGGACGUGUCAUUAAUUCUCAAUAAAGCCGUAGAGAUAUCUAACAGAUAAUCUUACUAUACUCUUAAAAGAACACUGGGCAACAAAAUUUGAACUUUAUCGCGCCACACGAACUUCACUUAUAUUUUUUACUAUGAUGGGUGACUGUUAGUGAAAAUAUGUAAUUAAAAAAUUAUUGGCCAAGAAUUUUAUUUUAUAUAUAUAAUUUAAAUAUUUAAAAAAAAAUUGUGAUUCUGAUACAAAAAAAAAAGCAAAAACGUUCUAUUAUGAAAUUCGAAUUUAAGAUUUGCUGGCAUAUUUAGUUUCUGGUUGGUCCCUUUUUAUCGUCUAGCGGUAUUCGGCCAAACAUCCUUGGGUUCCAUUUGCCCUUAUAACGUUUUUCCAUCUCUGAAAUGUGCUAAUGGAACCUUUUUACUUGCUCAUCACUCACAGCACCUAAAAUCUCAAUAAAAAUAUCUAGAGCCUAAAGAACUAAUCUUGAGUGACAUGUUGCAACCUAAGGCUUGAUAAGCCAAUAACAGCUCACUAACAAACUUUCUGUAGUUGUCACUCUUAUGGUUACCUAGAAAAGAAUCUACUUUCUUAAAAUAUAUCCAUGCUCGCUUUUCCAGGCCAUUCAUUUUUUCUUCAAACACUGGAUCUAUUAUUAACUCCCUGAUUUGAGGUCUAACGAAAAUACCCUUUUAUUUGAUCUUCGCAUUACUUAUUCUAGGAAAUUUUUCUUUUAAUUUGCCCUUUAAAUAUAGCCCUGAUCUGAAUGAAUCUGAAGUCCAAGUAAUAGGGCAACAAUUUUGAAAUUCCCAGAUUUUAAAAGAAUAUGUACUAUAUUUGAGUUUUUCAAGUAAAAACCUUGUGUUUUUCUUGAAAUUAUUACCUUUUAUAUCUAUAAGAUAGAAAUAGCAAUCCGAAACGUGAUAUCUUGAUUCGAUCUAAAUCAUGGGUACCGCAAACGGAAUAUGGCGGCGACCUUUUUUCCAAUCGGUUAAAUUCUUAACACAAGUUAUGCAACAAAUAUGAGGGGCCCAAGGUUUAUCUUAUUGAACCACAAAGAAACCAAAACACUGGCAAUUACUCUCCAACACAAGUAUAGUAAAAUUUGGUCUUUGAUUUUUGAAAGUUAAUAUACCACAAAUAUAAAAAAAAUAAUUAGGAUCAUUAUUAUACUUUCUCGACAUAUUUACACAAUCUCAACAAUUACUUAUAGAUAAUGCUUACUAACACAUCACAAAAAAAUCUGAAGCCAGUCGAAACAAAACUACUGCAAUUUAUUAAUGGAUAGAUAGAUGGCUAAAACAGUAUUAGCUAUCAGAGUUCGUGUGGCAUGAUUAGUGUUGACCAGUGAAAUACAAAUACAUUUUGUAUUUUUAUCUACAUUUUGUAAUAAGAUUUUUAUGAAUUUGUAUAGAUUUUAUAUAGAAAUCUUUAUGUAUUUUAGUAUCUUAUACAAAUAUAAUCAUCUUUUGAAACUUUUAUCUCUAUGUAUAAGUUUAUAUAAAUUAUGAUUUUACGAAUUUAAUUAAUUUGAUAUAUGUGUAAAGAGCGUUCAUAUUUUAGCUUACCUACCUAAUGUAUUAUAACGCCAAUUUUCAAUAACAAUUUAACAUAUUUCAAUAUUUCUAAUUAAUUAUAUUUAAAAAGUGCUAUGAUAGUAAACUUAAACUAUAAUCAUAGAAUACGUGUCAAAUAAAACUACGGCCAAAUAUUACAUCUUUAUUUCAAAAUUUCAAAUACUUUAUUGCCACCAAAAUCCAAAUAUUCAUUGACAGUUUAAUAAGAAUAUUAUUGCUUGUUUGACGUGUUAGUUCGUUUUAUACUUGAAUAAGCUAAAAUACAAACGCUCUUAAAUAAAAUAUAUGUAUAUUCUAAUUUUAAUUAAAUAUUAACGAUAAAUUUCUCAAUGAUUAGACGUUUACGCGAUCAUUAUUAGUUGUAUGCCAUUAUUUAGUUUCGAAAUAAAUCUGAAUGUUAAUUUUAAAGUCUCGCAUUGUUUACACAUAUUUUAAAUACAUUAUCAGGACUUAACGCGAUAAAACCUUUUCAGGCAAAUAGUACUUACAUACCGUCUUUAUUGCCAACGUUUUUUUACCUGCAAAGGUUUUUCAUCGCGUUAAGUCCCGAUAGUGUAUAUAAAAAUCUAAAUGUGUUCUUUAUAUUCGAAUUUAAAGUCUGACUUUAGGGCAUUCCUUUAUGAUUUUCAAAAAUAUUGUAUAAUAUAAAUGGCCUAGUAUAUAGAAGUGUUAACUCCCAUAAUACGCAAUUCAAUUAUUGUUAAUUAAUCAUAAAUAAGUGUUGCGUGAAGCAGUAUCUAAAAUAUAUAAUUAAAAUGUACAAACUUGCACAUGUAUGAAAAGCAGUUAUUAAGUUCUUUGUUUAAUAAUAUCUUAGUAUAUACAAAUCCCAUGCCACGGUGUAUAUUCACUCUGAAAUCGUUGAACGAUUAUAAUCAAAUAUUGUAAAUGUGUAUAAUUUUCUUUUUCAGCUUGAGGGAUUGUAUAUUUUUUAACUGAAUGUGGCGGUAAAAUAUUUGCCGGAUUAGCUAAUAUAUAUGUAUUAAUUA